AUUUAAUUGAGAAACUACGCAGGAGGCUUUAUGCAAUGAUGUUAAGUUGUUUCACUUCGUUAUUUUAUCUUGUUUGUUAUAUUUUAAUUAGUCUCGUGACACACACAACGUCAAAAGCAUUGUCGAUUUUAUUAUUGGAGCCUAUUCCAUCGACCAGCCACCACGUUUGGGCAGAGAAUUUGAUUAAAGGACUACUUCGCGAAGGCCAUCAUGUACAUGUAAUGAGCAUACACGAAACUAAGGUUGAGGAUAAACUCGCACAGAACUUGACGUACGCCGUAUUCGAUGAUGUGAUGAAAACUUAUGAAGAAUCCGAGGAUUAUAACCCGUCUGAAUGGGAACAGUACAGUGUAUUUUAUACGGGAUAUUUUACAUAUCAAUGGGGAAUCAAUGCAUGUGAGGCAAUGACGGAGACUAAAGCAGCGAAAGAGCUUUUGGAAAUGAUUAAGAAUGUCGAGUUUGACGUUAUAGUGCAGGAUAUUACACUAACUCAAUGUUUCUACGGAUUGUGGGAGGUUGCUAAAGGUAAGCCACCUAUAGUAGGUUACAUUCCGUUUGGUCCUGCACCUUGGCUCAAGGAUUUUAUCGGUGGUCCAAGUUAUCCAACUGUUCGACCUUACACGCAUGCAGCCAUUGCGAAACCCGUAGGUUUGUGGCAGAAGACAUGGAAUGUUCUCUAUUACAUUAUGGAUGAUCUCAUACGACAAUACUAUUUUUUACCUAUUGUUCAACGGCUUGCUGAGAAAUACGUAGGCCGCACAAUUAGACCAUUACAUGAAAUAGAAAAAGACAAUAUUAAUAUUGUACUAAUCAAUAGUCAUCCUGCAUUUGAUUCUGGGAUUCCAUUGCCGCCGAAUACCUUGGAGAUUGCAGGAUUAAAUGCUCAGCCCGUAAAAUCGAUUGUCGACGAGGUAGUCGUAACGUAUCCAGAG